CCCGCGCUGUACUGCUUUGUUCUGAGUUCAGUAACGCCAUUACAGCAAACCGCGAAGAUGUCAGGCAUACUGGAUGUCCCGAAACCAAGAAUAAACUGCUCCCUGCUGUCGCAGCACAUUAGCAGACCGGUGUGCUUCGUUGGGCGUGUUGAAAAGGUACACCCAACUGGGAAAACCUUCACCGUCACAGAUGGAGAAGGAAAGACAGCAACGGUUGAACUUAAUGAACCUCUUGAGGAAGAGCUGAGCGGCAUUGUGGAGAUCAUUGGUAUGGUGUCCAACAAAGGAGCAAUAAUGGCCACCACAUACAACAUGCUGCGAGAGGACAAGGGCAUUCCUUUUGAUUUAGAGCUGUAUAACGAAGCCCUGAAGGUCAUCCAUGAUUUCCCCCAGUAUUACCCUUUUGAAGUGGCUGCAAGUGGAUGAGUGCUCACUGUGUAAAGACGUUUUCAGUCCAUUGUGGGUUUUUUUUUUUCUUCCUGUGCCCAGUUUUUGUUGUGAGUAAAAGUUUUGUACAAAGUAAAUCUGUAAUAUCAAGAAGGUUUUGGCAAUAAAAUUAAUUAAUAAAAUGA